AUGACUCCAGUCCUACAAAAGACACUGAACAAAAUAUCAUACGAUAAGUCUAUGGCCGUGGUCUCCAAUUCUGUAAUUUUACCAACUCCAGCCGGUAUCCCGCUUAAACUAUCAAUUUCUUUUGGUGGAAUUGUGAGUGUCAAAGGAGAGAUUAUGCCAGAUAUUGAAUUUAGCAUGACACCAAAAAUUAACGGACAACUCUUUGCCUCCAUGGGCGUUGAUGCUCAAUGGAUCAAAACAGGAGUUGCUGUCAAAGCAGUUGUCAGAGGAGCUUUGCCCUUUUCCGGUGCUGUUCACCUUGAUGUUGCUCAGAAAAAGUUGACUAUUCGCUCUAAAAUUUCGCCAAAUACUCCAAAGUUUUUCCACGUUGAAGUUGUACCAAUAACUAUCGUUUAUCAUCUUCCAAAGUCCGGCGUCCAAUUACCAAUCUAUUUUCGGAUGAAAGAAUUGAAUGUUAAUGAUUCAGCUGUUCUCAUUCAGAAAACACAUGAAUUGAAUCUGUUCGGUCUUAGAGGCUCCGUCAUCGUUGAACGAACCAAAUCAGCCAUAACGUGGGGACCGUUUGUACCAUUGAAUGGUAAACAAAGUAUCCUCAUUAAACUUCAAGGUCAAACUGAAAUUGACGAGGAAAUUUAUUUCAAGCUGAUUAACUGGGAACCUGAAACUGGUUUAGGAUUUUUCGGUUUGGAGUAUCAGACGCAAGAAGAAUUAGUGAAAUACAGCAACCUACCACACUGGAAAAAUGAAGAUAUUGAUUCAUAUUUUACAAGCUCAUUGGAACAAUCUCCAGAAUUUAGUAAAGUAAAAGUUGAUCCAGUUUUUACCAAACCAAAAAAACUUGUUGCAGUUUUUGAAAUCGGCAAUUCGAAAAGCGGAGCAAUUCAUGCUAAAACUCAAAUUACUUAUAUCCACGGACAGAAAAACAUUGGUACGCAUAAUGUGCUGUAUACAAAUAUAUUUACACAUUUUUGUAGACUCAUCUGGAGCAACAACUCUCAGUACAGUUUUACCUUCCCAACGUUCCAACAAAAGCAAGUGGAACUCCACGCUUCCCUUCGAGCACCUCCAAGACUUUCGCAUUUACCAAGUGAUCAAGAAAUCAGUGUUUUGAAAUUGAGUUUAAAAACCAUCAAUCUCGAUUCCGCAUCGUCAUCGAAUGGAGUCAGCAUAGACGUUAGACGUACUGCCAGAAAAAGUUGGGUUGAUCAGCUAAGAAAAUUUUAUAACGGAUACAUUUCAAGCAGUCUUAGUACCACCCCUGCUGAUUAUAUCUACAAAACUAAAAUUCAAGUUCAAAAAGUAACUCCUUUGGUUAGAAAGGUUAUAGUUUCAACCAUUGAUGCAAUCAAAAAAGGGAAAACCUGGUCGAUAUAUACCAUGAUCCCGGAAGAUUUCAUGCAAAAGAUGCAGCAGCAACCAUACACCAUUGAUUCCUACGUUCAAUAUGUUCCUAGAUUUGAAAUGUUGAGCACUAUCUUGUUGACUCCUGAAGAGCAUAUUUUAGCUGAAGGAAUUGCUUUCAAAGCACCGAUGCUUGGUGGUUUUGUUGAUCCAAUUUUGUCGGACGACAAUCCUCUUAGUUAUCACAAAAAUUACAGUCUUGUGCAAGAUUCCGAGUUUGAUCGGUCACACGUCGAUCAAGUUUUUCCGAGAGGUGACGAAUCUGAAUUAUUUGUUGAUGAUCAAGAUGAUAUUUCGGAAUAUUUAAGUGAAAAAGAUUGGUACUCUGAAAAACCUCUAACUCCAAGAUAUCCAACACAAUUUACCGGAAAAUGUAUCGUGAGUGAUAACCAUGUAACAACAUUUGAUGGUUUGCCGCUUAUGAUUCCAAUUAGUCCAUCCGGUUCUUGCAGACUUUUACUAGCUAAAGAUUGUAGUUCAGAAAAUACAUUUGCUAUUAUUGGCUCUCAGAACAAUGGUCAGUGGAGUGCAGAAGUUUACGCCCCUAAUACAUUAAUUAAACUGGUGCCAGACAGAUUGGGAAAAACCUACCAACCAUUCGUUAACGGCCAGCAAAUAAAUUUUGAUAGACAACGCACACAUUCAAUUGGUUACAUGGAUGAAUUGCACACCUCACAAUAUCAAAGUUUACCAGGUCGUGAUGGUGUCGUUUUAGCUAAAACCCGGAAUGGUGGAAUCAAAUUGGUUCUUAAGCAGUUAGGCAUGACCAUAAAAGUUGAGUCUGGAGUAGUUUAUAUCAAACUUUCGCCUUUCUCUUUCCUUCAAGGACGCUUGUGUGGACUGUGCGGCGAUUUUAAUAGUGAUCCAUCAAAUGAUUUAUACAAUUUAAGCAACGAGCCCGCUCCAAGCCACCACAGUUUUGUUUUAGACAAACUUAUUCCAAGUAGUCAGUGCCCCAUUGAAACAUACAAAAACUUGAUUUCAACCCGUUAUUCUACCGGUUGUAAAAAGGAUCGAACACUGAAGAUCGACCGCUUUAACAAUGCCGGGGUACCACAAACCUGCUUAUCUGCUCAGCCUGUCUUGAAAUGUGCCUCCGGAUGUAAACCUGUUGGCAUCGACAUUAAACAAAUUCAAUUCAAAUGUUUUGAACAAUCCCUAAAACUUCCCAUUUUUGAGAAAUGGGACAGUUUGAGACCUCUUGAUACUGAAGAUUGGAGAACUGUUGAAGGAACAGAACCUGAAGUUAUAACCGAAAUGGUAGCAGUACCCAGAAGCUGCUCUUGUCCUCAUAUUUGA